GGGGGUCAGAUCACGACUCUCCAGGGGGACUUCGCUAGCCCCGGCUGGCCACGGAACUACUCACACCACCUGAACUGUACCUGGUCAAUUCGCGUGCCGGAACAUAAGGUGAUUAUGUUUACCUUUAUCCACUUUGACCUCGGCAAACGACAAACAAAUCCGUGCGCCCAGGUCAACGACCGGCUGAGGAUCAUGGAGUCGACGCCACAGGGCGAGACUUGGUUCUGCGCAAGUCCGCCCAUGACGACAUACAUCAGCAAGACUAACCUCGUCCAUUUUAAUUUCAUCACGAACGGUCACUCUGAUGCGCAAGGGUUUAAGGUCGUGUUCAAGGGAGACUGGCCGUGCCGGGCUCUGCUCAAGUCUGACCGCGGGGAGAUCGCCUCACCCCAGUGGCCUGAACAGUACUCUCCUGGGCUCAACUGUGCCUGGACCAUACAGGCCCCGGAGCAAGCGAAGAUAACUCUCAAGUUCACCACCAUUGAUCUAGACAGCCAGGCGUACGGGGGCUGCACCGACAAACAUGACGUCAUAGAGGUCAACGACGGAUCCUCCGUGUCCGAUGUUCGACUGGCCAGGUUCUGCUCCCAUGAGGCGCCUGCUCCUCUGCUCUCCUCCGGAAACACCCUCUACGUCACCUUCAAGACGGACAGCUACGUCCAGCGGACCGGGUUCCACGCCAGCUACGACUUCAUAUUUCCCGCCAAGGAAGCCACGCCCUCCACCACGACCCCUCCCCCCGUCUUCCUUGACCACAGCGACGACGAACGUCUGGAUCGUUUAGGCGCCAACUUUAUCGAGCCUCAGCUCAAAUUUCCGGAAGCGGAAGUCAACAUCACGUGGGAUACUAAAGAUUUGAAAUUUGGUAUUGUAGGUGGGGAGUUCGCCCCCCAGCCCAAACAACGGACCGUGGACGGCAACUACUUCACCACCGACGCCUACAUCACCAUCCUCUGGAUCGUCCUCGUCAGCCUGCUGGUGCUUACAGUGGUCCUCACACUGGUGCUAGUCAUCGUCUGCAGGCAUAACAGGCAGGUGGGUGCUAGUCGUUGUCUGCAGGCACAACAGGUGGGUGCUAGUCGUUGUCUGCAGGCACAACAGGUGGGUGCUAGUCGUUGUCUACAUGCAGGUGAGUGA